AUGAGCAGGCCCCCCUGGAAGAGUCCACUGUGUGAGAUGGUGCAGCCGAGUGGUGGCCCAGCAGGGGACCAGGACAUGCUGGGUGAAGAGUCUUCUCUGGGGAAGCCAGCCAUGCUCCACGUGCCUUCAGAGCAGGGCACCCCUGAGACCUUCCAGCGCUGUCUGGAGGAGAAUCAAGAGCUCCGAGACGCCAUCCGCCAGAGCAACCAGAUGCUGCGCGAGCGCUGUGAGGAGCUUCAACGUUUCCAGGGUAACCAGAGGGAGGAGAAGGCCUUCCUCAUGCAGAAGUUCCAGGAGGCCCGGGACUUGGUGGUGAGGCUGAGCCUGGAGAAGCGUGAACUGCGCCAGCAGAGGGAGCAGGCCCUGCAGGAGGUGGAGUGCCUGAAGACGUGCCAGCAGCAGAUGGCUGAGGACAAGGCCUCAGUGAAAGCCCAGGUGACAUCCUUGCUGGGGGAGCUGCAGGAGAGCCAGAGUCGCUUGGAGGCUGCCACUAAGGAGCGCCAGGCUUUGGAGAGCAGGGCCCGGGUGGCCAGCGAGCAGGCCCGGCAGCUGGAGAGCGAGCGGGAGGCCCUGCAGCAGAGGCACAGUGUUCAGGUGGACCAGCUGCGUCUGCAGAACCAGAACAUGGAGGCUGCCCUGCGCAUGGAGCGCCAGGCCGCCUCGGAGGAGAAGCGGAAGCUGGCCCAGCUACAGGUGGCCUAUCACCAGCUCUUCCAAGAGUAUGACAACCACAUCAAGAGCAGCAUGGUGAGCAGUGAGCGGAACCGAGGACUGCAGCUGGAAGAUCUCAAGCAGCAGCUCCAGCAGGCCGAGGAGGCCCUGGUAGCCAAACAGGAAGUGAUCGACAAGCUGAAGGAGGAGGCGGAACAGCACAAGAUCGUGAUGGAGACUGUCCCGGUGCUAAAAGCCCAGGCGGAUAUCUACAAGGCGGACUUCCAGGCCGAGAGGCAGGCCCGGGAGAAGCUGGCUGAGAAGAAGGAAUUCCUACAAGAACAGCUGGAGCAGCUGCAGAGGGAAUACAGCAGGCUGAAGACCAGCUGUCAGGAGUCAGCCAGGAUUGAAGACAUGAGGAAACGGCACGUUGAGGUCUCCCAGCCCCCCUUAGCCCCUGCCCCAGCUCAUCACUCCUUUCACCUGGCCCUGCCCAGCCAGAGGAGAAGCCCCCCUGAGGAGCCGCCCAACUUCUGCUGCCCCAAGUGUCAGUAUCAGGCUCCUGACAUGGACACCCUGCAGAUACACGUCAUGGAGUGCAUCGAGUAG